AUGUCUGGCAUCAAGGGACCGACCCCGCAAGAGCACGACGGCAGCGCCCUGCGUAUCGGCAUUGUUCAUGCCCGCUGGAAUGCUACUAUCAUCGAGCCUCUCGUCAAGGGCGCCAAGGAGAAGCUCCUCGCCUGCGGCGUCAAGGAGUCCAACAUCGUCCUGCAGUCCGUUCCGGGGUCCUGGGAGCUCCCCAUCGCCGUACAGAGACUCUACCAAGCCUCCCAAGUCCAAUCCGCACAAUCCGGCACCGGCACAUCGGCCGGCGACCUUCUCGGCUCCUCAACCACGGAUCUGACCUCCCUCCCCGUCGAGUCUCAACACCCGUUCGACGCGAUCAUCGCCGUUGGUGUCCUCAUCAAGGGCGAGACUAUGCACUUUGAAUACAUUGCCGACGCCGUCUCCCAUGGCCUCAUGCGGGUCGGCCUUGACACGGGUGUCCCCGUCGUCUUCGGCGUCUUGACCGUCCUCAACGACGAGCAAGCCCAGGCUCGCGCCGGCCUCACUUCCGGAGGCCAUAACCAUGGCGAGGACUGGGGCCUCGCUGCCGUCGAGCUUGGCGUCAAGCGCAAGGCCUGGGCUGCGGGCAAGAUCGAGUGA